AUGUCAUCGUCGAGGUACCGUAGUCGCAACCGCCCAGCGCCAGCGGCCUUGGCUACGCGCAACAGCACGAGCCGACGGGGCAGGGUCUCCGAUGCCGACGCCGCCAUCACAAGGGACGCAUCCCCGUGGGCGUCGCUGCACCAGGAGCUGUUGGACCUGAUCGCGUGGCGGGUGCUGGCGGUCGACUUCCGGGGCUACGUCCGGUUCCGCGCCGUGUGCGCGUACUGGCGCUCCAGCACCGCCUGCCCGCGCGGCCGCGGCAUCGUCGACCUGCGCUUCCACCCACGGCAAUGGAUGAUGCUGCCCGAGGGCCACGGCCUCUACCCGGGCCACGAAAAGCUGCAGGGGUUCGUCCCCUUCUUCAACCUCUCAACGGGGGCGUUCGUCCGCGUCCACCUCCCGCUCUUGAGUGACCACUGCGUCCUCGACUCUAUCGACGGUAUCCUGCUGCUGCUGCGGGACCACGACACCGUCGUCCGCCUCCUCCACCCAUUCACGGGCGACAUCCUCGGCUUCCCGCCUCUCAAAACCCACCUGAGUUCUGUGAUCGGCUCGACAUCGUUGGAAAGCAAGUGGCACAAGUGGUGCAAUAUCAAAAAUAUCAAUGCUGCCGCCAUGAACGUGGGUGCGGAUGAAGUCGUCUCGCUCAUGAUUCUGGGGGCUUACGGUUGGAGUAAUGUGGCCUUUGCUACCUCCGGGCAACGGCAAUGGAGUGUAUCAAGCUCGCUCAACCGCCGAAGUUGUAGUCCAUUCUCGUUCCAAGGCAAGAUAUAUGCGGUGCGUUAUAACAGUUAG